AAACGAAAUAUUACUUUAUUUGGAGUUUUUACGAAAAUGGCGUUUAAGCGUUACUGCAAAUGCGGAAUUUGAAGCUUUUUCACUGAAAAUUUUUGAUUUUCUAUAACUGAGUGUGUUACACAAAUCCCGUCUCUGUCCCCUUCCAUCGAUCUUCUGCACUCAUGCAGAUAUAUUAAUACUCAAUGUAGUCGAUUACUACAUCGUGCACAUUUUGUAAAUCCAGCGUGCGCAACAGGUGUAUGGUGCACAAACUCCAAACUCCUCCCUCCAGGGCCCGAAGACACGCCCUGACGCGCCAAGUUAUUAAAACUUAAGUAUAGUUCGCUGAUGGGUGCUGACGGGUUAAUUUUGAAUCCGUGUCAAUAUUUACUAUAUCAAUACAUUGUAAUGUUUUUGUACCGAUGGAGUUUACAUACGACCGAGUGAAAUACAGGGAACUUCUUCGAACAAAAUCGAAUUUGGGUGAUAUUCAAUUGACGUUACCGCGGGUGCCCCCAAGUGUGUUGGAUAUUGACAUACGUGACGAAGAGAUAACUCCACCCACAGAUGUACAGAAUGGGUGUUCAUUUCCAUUAUGUACCAGCAGUGUUUUUGAAGGGCAAAUUUCUGAAGCAAACUACAUGACCUUAGGAGAUGAUGUAAAGAAAGUCAUUUCUUGUUAUAUACAUGUAAAGGAUUUGGAUGUUUCAUUCAAGCCUGGAGAUGCAAUUGCCAUUUUACCAUGCAAUUUGGAUACAGAAGUGGAAAAAUUUGCUGUCUAUUUGAAAGUGAAAGAUGUAUUAAAUAAAAAAUGCAGUAUUAAUAUUCAAACCAGUGUGAAAAAGAAAUCCAACUUCCAGCAUAUUCCAACAAUUACCUCUCUGAAUUAUGUGUUAAAAUAUUGUGUUGAUAUCAGAUCUGUACCUAAAAAGGCAAUGCUCCUGAUUCUAUCAGAGUGUGCAUCAGACAGUUUUGAAAAAAGAUGUCUUCAAGAACUCUGUAGCAGAGAGGGGUCAGCUCUGUACAAUACUCGUAUUCUUGAACCUGGUGCAACUAUUCAAGAUGUCCUUGCUUCUUUUCCUUCAUGUCAACCACCUUUAGGAAGAAUUUUGGAGCUUUUGCCUCGAUUGUUGCCUCGACCGUAUUCGAUUGCUUCCUCCCCAUUGAUAUCUCCGCAUUCAGUACGCCUUGUCCUGUCAGUGGUGGAGCAGCCCGUGAAAGGUCUAUGUUCAGGGUGGCUGCAUGAUGUUCUUGCUCCCCUGCUGGGGACUUGUAAAGAGCCCUUGGAGAAGCAAAUGGAGGAGCUUUCAUUGAAGCCUAAACAGACUGUGCUGGUACCUGUGUCAUUUCGGAGAACACACAAUUUUAAUCUACCUGAUGACCUCUCGGUGCCUUUAAUUUUGAUUGGACCAGGUACUGGAAUUGCUCCAUUCAUUGGUUUUUUGCAACACAGAAGUGCUCAGAAAAAGAUGUUACAUGAUGUUUCUUUUGGAGAAAUUUGGUUGUUUUAUGGAUGCAGAUAUUCGGACAGAGAUUUUUUAUUUAGAUCUGACAUAUAUAAAUUUAUGGAAGAGGGGAUUCUCAGUCGCUUGUUUAUUUCAUUUUCCCGUGAAACUACUCACAAUGGUGUAAAGUAUGUUCAGGACAAUAUUAAAAAACAUGCUCGAAUCUUCAUUCAGAAGAUUUUAGAAGAAAGGGCCAUGAUAUAUGUUUGCGGAGAUGGGAAGAACAUGGCCACAGAUGUCUGGAAAACUAUUGUACAUUUAAUUUCAUCAGAGAAAGGAAUUCCUGAAGAAGAAGCACUGUCCCUUCUUUUGAAAAUGCAGGAGAAGGGAACUUACAAACAAGACAUUUGGCUGUGAUAAUGGAAAACUAAGUUAUGAAAUAAAAAUAACUGUGAUGUCUUUACAUGUGCAAGAGAGCUAGCAUCAAAAUUGUACAAUAAGGAAUGUUUAUGAAUGGUUGAAGAGCGAAGAGCCCUAGGAAAUAAGGAUUACGCUCGUUCAGUGAAGGAGCAUUCUGAAUGAAUUUUAUUGUUAACAUCAUGGAGAUAACAUUUGUUCUUAAUAAAAAAUAUUUAUGCAUAUUCAAUUUCUUAUUGUUCGUAUUGAGAAUAAGAUAUAAACAUUGUACUCCUUACCUUAUAUUACAGCUGACAGCUGUUAUUGAUGCUUGAAGAAUUAUUUUCUGAUUUCUGAAGUUGGUGCUAAUGACUUGUGUGUAGAAAUGGACUGACAAAAAAAAGAAAAGUUAAAGAGAAAUAUUUGAUAAGCUGCUUAAAGAAAAUAAGGGAAGUAGGAAGUGGACAGAAAAAGAUUCAGGGAGAAUAGGGUGUUUGUUGCACACAAUCAUUGACUUACUAAUUUUUAACACAGAAUUAUGUACAAUGUGUAUACUUAUGCCUGUGCUCCCAAUGUGUUGUUCAGAUACAGGAGCAAUAUAUGUGAAAUGCAAAAACUCUGAAGUAAUAAUUACUAAAAUAUAUAUUUGUUUAAAUUUUAGAUGUUUUCUGCUGCGAUUGACAAUGUAUUCACUCAUCAGAAACUUCCACUUACUUGCCAGAAUAUUUUAUGCAAGAAAGGUGAAAAUGUCAAAACUACUCUAGUAAUCAUAUGAAAGUUUUUCAUAUUAAUUUUUGGAUUUUAAUUUAUAAUAUUUAAUUGAGUUUCCACAAAUAGUUUUGGCAUGGUCAAGUUUUAUUUUGUUUGGUUUACAUAAGAACUUUUUGUUUUGCAGUGUAACAUUGUGGAAGUAGGAUGUCUGAUUUUGACGAUUUUUUUUUCUUCUAGAAAUUAUUUCACUACUGCAUUACGUGUAAGUUUGAUCUAUCAACAGUAAUCCAGUACUUGUAAUUAAUUUGUUCUUCAUUUCUGAUUGAAAUCGUCUUGGUAGCUACUGUAAAACAAGAUUGUUGGAUAUGUUGGACAUUUCUUUAAAUAAUAAGCUGGUAACAAUUUUUGAAUUCUGUAACCAUCUUUGUAGCAGAGGAAUCUAGUUUUCUUCCAUGUUACAUGCUUCCAUCCAUUGACAUUUCCAACUUUUCAGGAGUAGCAUAGAAGUAUUGCUUCAAUUUUUUCAAUAAUCUGACUGCUGCCUAUAUUUCCUUACGAAGUAGACCAGGUUGAUUCUACACAAAAUAUCUUCUUUUCAAGGGUCACUUUUAUUUUCUGUAUUUUUUUGCCAGGGAUACUGUUUUUUGUUAAUCAGCAUUUCUCCCUGAGAUAUCACAUGCAAGUUUAGUUUUAAAUGUCUAUUAUUUCUGUAACUCUGCCUGAAGUAGCAGAUGAACUAACUUGGUCCAUUUCUUUAUUAUGAGGUGAUAUAUUAGGGUGAUCUUGCCCUAUCAAGACCUGUGCUCAUGUUUAUUCAUCAUUCUCACUGUCCAAUAUAUUUACA